CUAUGAUCAUCCACUAUGGUCAAAAAAUAACGACCCCCAGUAAAGGAAGGGGUUGAAUAUCCACCCCAAAUAUCAACAUGGAGUAACUCAAAACAAUCCUUAGUAGUAAUCGAACUGGAGACAAAAAGAUCACGUGUCUGUUUAGCACGAAAACAAGAAAGACAUGAAUCUUUCUGCUGAAUAAUAGGACUAGAGAUAAAACGCUGUAGAAUAGACAUCUUCGCCAAGGAAGGGUGACCGAGUCGAGCAUGCCAUAAUGUUGAACUGUCUACAGCCUGACGAACGGAAUGAGCCACUGGAUGCUGCCAUGUCAAGAACCAGUUAGUCCCAAUAACUCGAGUUGUUGGGAGAGGUUCAAUCGUGGAUCAUAUACCACAACACUAACACGCCCCCUCAAACGAAAGCCACUCACAAGGGCUUGAAGUUUGCACAGGUCUGAAGACAAGAAUACCAUGUGUUUAACAAAUGGGGGUCACCGGGAAUCGAACACAAGACCUCUCGGUCACAGAAGGCUCUGAUACCAUGUAGAAAACGAUAAAUCGAACACACGACACAAGAAUUCAUGUGGUUUCCUCGUUCAAUUUGAACGAGACUAUUCCACGGAGAACUCACGUUCUCAGGAUUUUGUUAUUUGAUGAUGAUUCUCGAGAGUUAGGGUUUGCGGCGGCAAAGCCCUUUCUUAAGUACUGUCAUCCUCGUACAACAAUUAACCCGAGGAUUGGCUAAUAACAUUACGACCCCUAAACUUAUUUACAUCACCAAAAAUAAGCAAAGGAAUCGUAAUAUUGAUGAUGUUUUCCCACAAUGGUUGUCGAACCUUCCACGUCUCAAAGUUCUCAUCUUGGGCUCCAACAGCUUCCAUGGUGCUGUCAUGACGAGUAACAGCUUUUCAAUGUUGCUGAUAUUAGACCUUUCCAACAACCAUUUCAAUGGUUCUCUGCCCGCAAGUUUGUUUCACAAGUUCCCUGCGAUGAAGAUGUUGAAAGAUAAGUCCGAGAAAGUGGGAACGGAAUACUACAUUGGAUUGGCAAACUAUCGGUUUUCGUUUGUUCUGACGGUGAAAGGCAAAGAGUGUGUGGUAACCAAAUUUCCCACGGUCUUUACCACCAUGGAUAUGUCGAACAACUACUUUCGAGGCGGGAUUCCCGACGCAAUUGGAGAGCUCGGGUCGCUCCUGUUCCUGAACCUGUCACACAACAACUUCGUUGGCCCGAUCCCUUCCUCGUUGGGGAAUAUGCGAGAGCUCGAAUCGCUGGAUCUUUCCUCCAAUCGACUCUCGAGGAAGAUCCCAUCGCAGCUCACGAGUUUGACGUACCUUUCGUUCCUGAAUCUAUCGCGAAAUUCGCUAGUUGGGCCGAUACCUCAGGGAAACCAGUUCGGGACGUUCAAUGCUGCUUCUUAUGCUGGAAACGAAGGGUUGUGCGGGGUUCCGUUGUCCAAGAAGUGCGGCGGAGGCGAUGACGAUGGUGAUCAUGAUCAGGAUUCCGAACCUGAACUCGAAUCUUGUGGAGAGCUAUUUAGUUGGGGUUUCGCAGGGGCGGGAUAUGGAUGCGGACUAGUGAUUGGGAUAUCGACCGCCUACAUUAUGUUCGGCACCAGGAAGCCAGAAUGGUUGGUGGAGAUUGUUGAGAACUGGACUUGGCGAGGGUGAUAACCUUGAACAAAAAUGAAAGUUGCAUUUGCUUUUCGUCCUUUUCUUUCAUUCGCUUGUCGAGCUUCAUUGAUAGAAGCUGAACCUGUGGGUGUGAAAGCAUUUUCGCUUUCAUUCGCAACAAAAUAAGGCACAGAAAGGCGUUAAUUGUCAUACAAAAUCAUAUUACAUAGAACAUUAUCGAAAACCAAAAUAGAAAGAAAUUCCAAAUGUAAGGACUGACCUCUCGAGCGAGGUAGUCAGCACACUGAUUGUUCUCACUAUGGGUGUAGGAAAUAGAAAUUUCCCAGUAAUAGGUAAGUAGCUCCUAGAAUCGUUCGACAAUGACAACAUGAUGAUGAUCGGGUAUUGAUUAGUGGAAUACCAAUUCGGCGCCUCGAGAUACAAACACAGAACCAACACGAAGAUUCACAGGUGCUUAACAUAAAACAGUUUUCAUCGUCAAUUGUCUCAUCUUAUAAACAAACACAUGAAAGCCCCUCUCGAAGAGAUCGCAUUUGGCUCAUAAAACUGGACUCCGGAUCGAAACAUGGAGCGCCAUCAAUGCAUCUACUCAACAAGGUUGGCCAUUGAACUGGAACUCAGUAGUCCGCGACCAAAGCCCACCAGCUGAUGCUGAAGUCGAAGCUGACACAAGUCAGCUGCUUCUUCUUACUGUUCUUCAGCGUCAUCCUCAGUGUGUAGGAGCCCUGUUAGGAUAAACAAGCAAAACAAUCAACCAGAUGAUCCCGUUUAGAUAAUAAGGAUUGCAGCGUUCGUGGCCUUACGGCUUGAAUGUUCUUUUUUAGCCAAUGGCUUAAAUAUGAUGUGCAUAAGUUUUGCAUAAAUGUUCUCCAUCAAACUCGUUUCAUCAUUCUUCGUUCGAUGAAGAUGCAGUAUCUCAACUUUUAACAUUCACGCCGACUCUCAAAGUUCCUACAACGCUAAAAACUGGUUACAAGAUGACUAAAUGUUCUCCAAUGAGUAAAUUCUCAGGGGAAACACAAGGAGUAAUAGAGUAACGCACUACCGAUGAUGAAACCAGUUAUCUUGCGAUAAAAGAGUGAUCAUUGUCAAACUAAAAAUUGCAGGAAGUAAACUGAUAAACCAAGUGACCUCAUGGACUCGGGACUAAUGCACAUCUUCUUUCUAGUCAUCUAGUGGGAAAAGUAAAACAGCACCAUUGACACUUUGAUAGACCUCAGGGACUCGGAUGCUUAAAUCUAUGGACACCACAGUGUUGAAGAAUACUGAGAGGUCUAAAAGAAUGUUACUUACUGGUGGAGUGAAUCCGGGCAAACUUUGCGAGUGAGAGAGCAGGAAAUCGCCAGCAGCAAUAGGGCACGAGAUAUCCUCGCACAGGUCUCUGGUCUCUGAAUGAACACGGAACCCAAGCAGGUAAACCUCAAGCAACACUUGCCCACCAGAGAUAGCCUCAGCUGUUACAAUAAAGCACAUGACAUUGAUGUUCAUAUCAUAUCAACUCAAAUAGAUAGUCAGAUAGCUACUUCGCUAGAGCAAAUUAAGACCCAACAGAGCUCCCCCCCAAUGAAUAACAUGAUCGAGAAGGA